AGAGGAAGAGGAGAGAGGAAGAGGAGCAUCUUCAUCUCGGACCCCAGCAGGAUCUCCCAGGAACAUGCGGCCCCGCGCCCCCCUGUGGGGCCUCCUGCUUUUGCUGCAGCUGUGCAGCUCACACCCCGUCAGCACCGGGCUCACGGACUCCGACCUGGACCUCUUCAAGGUUCUCCUUCACAUACUAGAGGAGUCCGUCCCGGAUGUGGACCGGGGGGUCUCAGUGGACCGGGGGGUCUCAGUGGACCGGGCUCUGGGCCCGGAGGAGGAGGCCUCCAUCAGGGCGCUGCUCGGGGCCCGUGACCUGAAGGGCCUCCGGUCCGACUCCAGCAGGAAGUCCUCCAGCUGCUUCGGGCGCCGCAUGGACCGCAUCGGCUCCUCCAGCUCGCUGGGCUGCACCCCGGUGGGCCGAUACUAUCCGAAGACGAGCUGAUCGGCCCCAUCUAACUCCUGGAGCUGCAGCGGCUUCACCGUUUAUAUUUGAACUUAUUUAUUUAUCAUAUUUAUUAAAUAUUGUUGGUGGAUUACAAGUAUUAUUUAUUUAUAAUGGACUGUUGUUUAUGUCGAGUGUUUCAAUAAAUGUUUACAACUGCA